AUGCGGCCUGCGACGCCCAACUUUAACUUUGCCCAGCAAGCAGGGCCUUCCUCCCCGCCGCAAACACCAAAUCCUGCAAACUCAGCAUAUAGCUUUGGAAAGAACCGCAGACAUGGCCAACAUUUCCAAAAAAUUCCUCCCGAGUUGGAAACUGGAAUCCUCCCCAAUGGACCAGGUCCAACCUUCAGCUAUAUGCCAACGGCGCGAGCCGUAGACCUUUCACCACGAUCUUCGUCCCCCACUUCUUCAGUCCAGUCGUCUGCAUCUGGCAACCCUCCACGAUCGAUGUCUUCCUCACCGGUCCAGAAUCAUAAAGAUGAUCCGCCAUUACGGAAAGAAGUUCGUCUCGCGGAAGGCACAUUCACGAUUGACGAGUUUGAAGACUCGGAUUAUGCAGAUUUCGACAGCGACGAAGACUCGGUCAUAAGACCGCACGAAUACGAAGACGCCGAAUCGGAGCGAGCGCUCUCGGUCAAGGCUGCCUCUGAACUUGAACCUAGUCUCUACGACGACAUGCAAAACCUACAUUGCGAAACCGAUGACAUACUCCCAGAAGAAUUAGAGAGGGAGGCAUGGCACUUGAAGAUGCGGGCCGAAAAGAGGCGAAAGAGACGUAGUUCUGGAAGCGUACAAAAGAGGACGUUAAGUCAAAGCAUUGGCAGUGACACGGACGACGAAGAUAUCCAGCCUGUCACAUUUGAGGGUGCCAACAGCGCUAGGAGAUUGAGGAGGAAGGUUGAAGAUCGUGGUAGCCUGAUAUUCGACGACCCACCACCUAGAAUCGACGAAUUGGAGGAACCAGAGUCCUGCGAAGAAUUAGUCGAGGUCACACACAGCGAUAUCGAGGGACAGGGUCUACGAGAAUUGCCAUAUUAUGUGCAGGACAUGGACGUGGAUUCGGAAGAUGAGGAUGAAUACGGCGACUAG